AUGUCUAGUAAGCCGAACUCGAAACGAACUAUAUAUGUUGGUGGUCUAGCUGAGGAGGUGGAUGAGAAAAUUUUAAAUGCGGCAUUUGUGCCUUUCGGAGACCUUGUUGACGUGCAAAUUCCUCUCGAUUAUGAAACUGAAAAGCACAGAGGCUUCGCGUUUAUCGAAUUCGAGAACUCCGAAGAUGCUGCAGCUGCUAUUGACAAUAUGAACGAUUCAGAAUUAUUUGGUAGAACUAUAAGAGUAAAUAUUGCGGCCCCACAACGUAUCAAAGAAGGUUCAACACGACCAGUCUGGUCGGAUGACGCAUGGUUACAGAAACACGCUGGUGAAACCCUUCCCAUAAACAAAGAGAAUGAGGAAAAUAGUUCACAAGAGAAUACCCAAACGGAGAAAACUGCUAUUCCAGCUAAACCAGCAGAAAAGAGAAAUCCACAGGUGUAUUUUGAUAUCAGUGUAGGCAAACAAGAGAUUGGUAGGAUGUGUCAAGGAGGUGAUUUCACAAAUAAUAAUGGCACAGGUGGCAAGUCAAUAUACGGUCGGAAGUUUGACGAUGAGAACUUCACUUUGAAACAUACCAGCCCUGGGAUACUAAGUAUGGCCAACUCUGGACCGAACACCAACGGAUCACAGUUCUUUUUGUGUACAGCAAAAACUGAUUGGUUGGACGGCAAGCACGUAGUGUUUGGUCACGUGAUCUCUGGUCUGGAUGUCCUCAAGAAGAUGGAGAGGUACGGCAGUAAAAGUGGCACGGUCUCUGCAAAAGUUACUAUAAGCAAUUGUGGUGAAUUACAAUGA